UGAUCUGUAACCAUGCCAUCCCGCAUCAGCACACGCUCCAAAAGCUUUCGCAUUCUACCCUAAUCAUGUUUAGUUUAAUUUCACCGGUACAUUUACGAAGCCUUUCUUGAAGCCUACAGUGCACGUACUGCAGAAGAGAACGAGAGAAAGAGAAAAGGAAAGAGGAAUGGCGGAGGGCUUUAUAAGGACAUAAACUAUAAGAAUUAUAAACAACGUACAUCUUUUGCUAGCGCGUUCUCGCUGCCUCCCGCCACAAAUAUUUAGCGUUUCACGGUCAAGGCAUAAGUUUCCGUUGCGUAUGCGUUCGACAAACAGGUGAACACUGGCGGCAUAUCCCGCCGGUCACUUUUCAAAACACGGCGACGGAAACGCGCAAUAUCAUAUUUCAACGUGCACGCCCGCUGGGCCUCGACCAGACCUACGUGUAUUUUCUUCUUCGGCAUGACCUUUUGAUUAUUUGACGUAAGGGCGUCAAUACUCUAAAUCGCGUUCUAACGAAACAUAUAAUGCUUUCUACGACAUGUGCGCGGCAGCCACGAAGGCUGCAAGUUUUUCAAGGUCAACGUGUAUCCAGUUCAACGAGUACUCUUCCGUUUAAGCGAAGCUCUUUGAACGUAACGGCAAUUAGACCGGUUAGGCCAAUGAUUCCGGUAAACAAAAAGCGCGUCUUGCGAAGAACGAAAAAAAUGAAAGGAGGAAAAGUAAAAAAAGAAACAAAGCCCUUACGCAGAAGUGAAAGGAGUGCGACGUUUACGAUUCUACCACAAGGCGAGACCGCUGGCUUUUGGCCAACAGCGAAAAACAGGACAGCAAAACGAAUUAACAUAAGGAAGCAAGCGGUGUCAUUUACAAGGCUGUACCUAACCUCGGGACCGAGCAUAAAUAAGUUCCACGGAGAUCACCGCGAUUCCCAUGACGUCAUCGCCCUAAUUGAAAUGCGCGAGUCCACUCCUCCGCUAUACGUAUAUAUACGCUUAUCGGCGUAGCGGCCCCGAAAACAUUUCAACAAACCAAUUCAUUUUUUCCCCCAAUUGAAUAGUAGAAUUUCCUGACCCAGGCCGAUUGAAAAGCGCUUCUGCUUGGUUCCUUACACAAAAGCACAUGAUUCAAUCACUUCUCUUUUUUUUUUCAUAUAGUUGAGAAACGUUCCGUCUGUAAAACAGUUACACUCCGCAAACAUUUGCGCGGUUAUCUUUUUAUUUUAUGUUGUGUAUUAUUUCGCGCCAGUGUUUGUGGACGAAACCGAACACACAGCGUUGGUAUAUACAAUGUAUCACCUCGGGGUAUACAGCAAUGAAGCCGGAUAGCAAACAACAAAUUCGGGACAUUAAACGUGCUCCGAUAUUACGCUUGAUUCGGCCCUGGUUACCCGGAAGUUGCUCAAAUGCAUGCAAAUACAUUAUGUCACAAAUUGUAUAAUUUUGGCGGCCGCUUGCACGGUUGCAUCAUACGUAUUCAAGCUCAGAAUGCCAAUAAUGUUACUCGUAUACAUUAUGGCUUUUUUUUAGACGUGAAAAAUGGCGACAACGCGAGCCGCAGUGAUGUUUUCAUAAAGGUUUAGAGGUCGAACAACGAUGUAACACCCGUUUCCUUCUAAGCUGAUGGCUUCGAAGGUAAUGCCUGUCGCCAGGGCCGCGAGGUGAAGUAUACGUUUAUCGAAAAGAAGGAAUGGGUAUCGAAAUUUCAAAUGCGUUGCACUCAGUAAUCCGAUGUUCGUUGGGAACGCAGCGAUAUAAAAAAAACGGAUAAGAGCAUGCAAAAGCGUGGCGCGAAUUCGAUACGGCGUGGAACGCGGUACGGAACAAAGUCGGUGUGGCAUUACAACUUACUAAUGCGCAGAACGGCGAAAUAAACUAUAGAAAAAUGUCGUAAACAGAAGCUACUUAAUUGCGUGUCACAGGGGAUAAGCUGGCGUCAUUAAGGUCCAACUGCAAGACGCACUUCAAUCAAUCAUAAUAAUAAUAAAAAAAACAAUUUGUAGCACCAAGAGAACCUUGCGUGAGUGGCGAGAAGUGGCUUCAGCACAAAUGUUCGCGAAAACGCGUAAACCAUAGACAACUUCGAUAGCGCCUAUUGUAAGGAACAGCCAACGCGCGGCCUGACAAAUAAGAAUCGUAAAACUCUCAGGGCGACAAUAAACGUGCCACCAUUUGCAUCUGUCUGGCUUUAUCAUAUCUAUAUACAUAGGGAGAACGCCGACUGCUCGGAACGCCUGGCAGGUGCAGAGCCGAACACUUUGACAGUGAUGCCCGGACAAUGUUGGCCCCCUCACAACGGCCGGAUAUCACUCCGCAUCAUCGCCGGAGGUGCGGCAGUUCGUGGUCGAGGUUGGGUCGGGCGAACGCACCCCGACCCAAUAGAAGAACGAUCGGUGACGCGCGCUCUGUGCGAAGCAGCCGUUGCAUGCAAAGCACGCGACUUCGGUCGGGAGAUGGGAUGCAUCGACGAAGCCCUCUGUUCUCUGGCAUGGAUCCCUCACGCACUUUUGUGUCGCCCUGCGCAGAACGUAAGGAAGAGAGGAGGACGUCUCCAACUGAUCCUGGACACCGAACCGACGCCCGCGGAAACGGCACUUCGCUGCCAUACGUCCUGAGAAGAGCGCAUGAUGCGUCGGGCCUUCGCACUGACCACUGCUCUGGGCGCCCUGUGUUUCCUGUUCCUGUCGCGCUACACGACCGUGCUGCCAUGGCUCAGCUGGUGGAAGUCGGCGCGCUCGGAAGAAGACGAGGACCUCGAGGCCAGCGGCUACCUGAUCCGCACUCCGGAGUGCCACAUCCCCGCAUGGGACCCGUUCGACCCCAGCGUGGCCCACCUGUACCGCAAGGUGGCCGACUUCGUGUGCCCCGGUAAACCCACCUUCCUACGCGUGCGUCCCAACGCAGUGCUGGUCGCGGACGACGCUCUCCUCUGGCGUUACUACAAGCUCAAGCGCUCGCAGGUCAAGUGCACCUACAGGGAGGUCUUCAGGAACCCCAAAGCCCCGGCGUACGUGGCCGACGAUCGCUACAACCUGAGCGCUCCGAGACAGCUGACCUUCGACCAGCCCCUGAAGGUGCACCACGCCAUCGUCAACUGCUUCCACAACCACCAGGAGGUGCUCGUGCAACACGUGCCCCUCGUGCCGGUGUCGCCGGAGCUGGAGCGCAGGCUCGAGCGACUCCAAGAGACCUCCGGGAAUUCGGAGGCGGCGAGGUUGAACGUGCUCAUGGUGGGAGUGGACUCGAUAUCCAACCUCAACUUCGAAAGGCACAUGCCGAGGACCAAGGCGUUCCUGAAGGACGUUCUUGGUGCCGUGCAGCUUCACGGUUACACCAAGAUCGGCGACAACACGUUCCCGAACAUAGUGGCGCUGCUGACGGGACAUUUCCUGGAGUACUAUUGGAACGAAAGCCUCUCCAGGUUCACUUUCGACGGGUUGGACUUCGUGUGGAAAGAUUUCGCCAAGAGAGGGUACCGCUCGCUGUUCGCCGAAGACGCGCCUAGCAUAGCCACUUUCAACUACCUCAAACACGGUUUCGCAAAACCGCCUGCCGACUACUACUUGAGACCGCUGUGCCUGGCCACGGAGAACUCGGCCGUGCGCUCCAAAGCGGGCCGUCACUGCUGGGGCUCCAAGAUGGAGAUGGAGGUCGUGUUCGACUACCUCGCCGACUUCGUCGAGGCGUGCGAGUCGCGCCCCCACUUCGGCUUCGCGUUCGUGGCUCGCCUCACUCACGACAGCCUCAACAACGCCGGAUACGCCGACGCGCCCUCGGUGCGCCUCCUCGAGCGCCUGCACGGCAGCGGCGCGCUCAAGAACACGCUGCUCGUGUUCUUCAGCGACCACGGCUUGCGCUUCGGGCCCAUACGGUCGACGUACGUGGGCAAGCUCGAAGAGCGCAUGCCCAUCAUGUUCCUCGCUUUCCCAGAAGCCUUUGCGCAGCAGUACCCGAACGCGGUGUCGCGGCUGCGGACGAACACCCGGCGUCUCACGACGCCGUUCGACGUGCACGCCACGCUGCAGCACCUGGCUUCGUUCGCGCCGGACCGUCCCCACCGGACGAUGCAUGGCGUCAGCCUGUUCCACGAGGUCGCGUUCAACCGAAGCUGCGACGACGCGUACAUCUUUCCGCACUGGUGCACCUGUCAGAACAGGACGGUGGUGUCCGUCAACGAUCCCGGUGUGAUCAACGCGUCGCACGCGUUGGUGAGUGCCGUCAACUCCCAGCUGGAGCCCAGGGCCGAACUGUGCAGCCCGCUCGCGCUCGACAAGGUCAUCGACGCCACGGUGUCGCAGCCCAACGACAAAGUGCUCCGCUUCGUGCGCCACUACCACGACGUGAUCGGCCGCGGAGUGCAGCUUGGAAAGAAAGUGACCGCACCGCUCGAUUACAUGGUGACGGUGAUGGUGAAACCCAGCAACGCACUGCUGGAGGCGACGAUCCGCUACUACGAGCCUACGGAACAGUACGUUGUGCUCGGUGACGUGAGCAGGUUAAACAGGUACGGCAGUCAGGGGGAGUGCAUAUCCGACGCGGUAAUGCGCAAGUUCUGCUACUGCAGGACGCACCUGAAAGCCACUAGGGGACCGGGAUGAGGAACAUUGUUGUGGAGAAACAUCGGUUGUGAGCAGUAAUAACGAGGCCUAUGGACGGGACCUCGUGUAUUGUAUAGCAUGUACGUUGCGACACCUUUCAGCAACGCACGCAUUCGCUUUUUCGUAUGGCGAGUGUGCAAACAAUCUCUGGGGCCAUGAAUGAUGAGGGGGGGUAGAGUGAGAGUAUCACUGAUGGAUACAAGACUCCCGUGUGUAAAGCGCGUCAACUUAACGGCGUUUCCGAAGACAAGCCAAAGAUGGACAUUUUACCUUUUGUAGGCAGGAACCACUGUUGCAGUGUGCUUCGAAGGUGUAUCGAAAUUUACUUUUAUUUGUUUAUUACCAUAGCCGUCUCAGAGAAUAGGCAAACGUGUAGACAUAACAUAUGGAGGUUAUGUAAUUCCAGAAAGCCACAGAACGAUAGCUAUAUCAACUAAAAGACGGUGCGAAACUGGGUUAGUACGUGCAAAUUAAUAGCAAGAUGCACCGACAUGCCACCAACGAAGUUUAAUAAUUGUUUUGGGUGCCACAUUCCGUGUUUGUUCGUAUUAAAAUAACCCCGAUCAGAAGCUAAAUAGCGACACUGCCAGAUCCAGCGCAUUACUACCUGCUUUAUUAUUCACAUAUUUAUCACCAUGAUCUACAGUCAUAAGUGCAGGUUCCAGCCCGUACAGGUAUAGUAUACAGAUCUGGGUAUUGUCUGUGAUACGCGCAAAAAAAAAAAAAGAAACAUGGGCUAGUAUAGCCGACAGUAUGUUCAGAGAGUAGCUCAUGAAUAGGAUCAUUUGUUAUCUGAAUAAAGAAUUGAAUAGGUAAAUAAACGUAUUUGAGCAAAGGUCGCCGACACGGCUCUGUUGUUCCGAGUCACCAAUGAACGAGCUUUUCACGCGAAGAAACUGAACUCUGAAGGCCUUCUGCACCAUCAAGAGAGCAUUAAUUGUCUUCCAAUAAAAUGAGACCAUCACAGAAAA